AUGGGAGGGAAGAAAUCUUCAUUUUGUGGCAUGUUCAAGGCCUGUUUCUCAAGUGGAAGCAGGGAUGAUGAGUACUAUUACGAAGACAGUGGAAGAAGAAUGUUUGCAAGUGAUGAGGACAGAGGACGUUGGGUUGCUGAGCCUGGUAUUGAUAGGAAAGCCUCUGCUUUCAUUGCUAGAUUCUAUGCCUCACGAGUCACUGACUCCGAGCACCAAUUUGCAUCUUGA